UUACUAAUUACGUCAAAAUGUGUACAAACAAUUUAUGAUAAUUUAACCAUAAAACGAUGGUGCAAUGGUAUAUUUCUUAAUAAAGUAGUUGGUUGAAAUGUUGAAUUGCAUGUGACAAGCCGUCACGUUCUUUUUUUCGUGCAAAAAAAAUUUAAGUUAUAAAUAAGACUAAAUAAAAUGUAUAGUCAUAUAAUAGUAAUAAUAAUAAAAAAGCGAUGGGGGUUUUCGACCCUAAUCCAACCACCCCUCUUGGAUAUGAUGCUGCAUGUGGACUCCUGUAGAGUACCUAUAUCUGCCGGUGAAAUGUUUUCGGUUAAUUCACAAUAUUAUACUAGAUUGACUUGUAUUCAGAAUAAUGAGAUAAUAGUAUUGUAUAACUCCGAUCCGUUUUUAGUAUAUAAUAUCCCUGUUUUUGGUAUUAAAAUCAUAAUCACCGAAGACAGCAAGAUAACAACAUGAAACUCUUGGGCCACAUUCAUCACUUACUACUGAUUUGUGCGUACUUGACGUACCUCAUCAUCAUGACCAACGGAUAUCCGUUGCGUACUACCUAUUGUUCUUUGUAUGUUCCGGACGACAAUUCCGUUAUUGAGGAACAAAACGCACCGAUUGCCACUAAGCCCGUACUGUUUUUCGGUAAGAGACACGUGGAAGAUGAUUCUUCAAACGACUUAAUAAAGCCAUCCGAAUCCAAUAUUAUUCUAAAGAAGAAAAACUCGGAAAUAAUCAGCGCUUUGAUGGGACUACGCAGGGCCAUGUCAAACAAGUAUGACGCACGUCAUAUACACAAUUGAUUUCAUAUAAUGAUAUCAACAUUUAUAAUUUCUAGUAAAAAUACCUAUGUUAUGUUAACACGUAGGUAACGCACAUACAAACUGUAGCUAAUACCAAAAUAAUAAAUAAAAUACAACUAUAUACGAAUUUAA